AUGGAAAUGAUUCAGACUCUCUCCCGGGAAGCUGCCGGCUUAGCUAACAAAGUCCAGCUGUGCUGUGACUGCCAGGACUGUUUCAGCGACGCGCAGGCCCACAUGCAUUCCCUCAGCGUGGAGGAGAUCACGCAGGUGGCGCGGUCGGAGAUCUCCGACAUCGAGCUGGACUUGACCCUGAGGAGGAUCCUGUGGGCUUCCCAGGAGGAGUGGCGGGCGCUCUUCCAGCGCUGGAGGAGCAGCGCGCUCCGCGACAUCGACGUGGAGUCCGUGCAGAGGAACGUGGCCAAGUGCAUGAGCGUGAUCUCGGCGCUAGAAAAAGGUUUGCCGAGAAACAACAUGGUGAUGUACCUGAAGCAGUCAGUGACCAGUUUCAAACAAGAGCUGCCCAUCAUCACAGCCCUGGGCAACCCCUGUCUCAAGCCGAGGCACUGGGCGGCUCUGCAGGAGAUUAUUGGAAAGUCCGUUUCUCUGGAUAAAAACUGUACAGUAGAGAAUCUUCUAAUGUUCAAGGAGUACAUGGAAAUUAAAAGAGUGAUUUUCCCAAGAUUUUACUUUCUCAGCAAUGCGGAACUUCUUGCUAUUCUAGCUGAGAGCGAGAAUCCUGACUCUGUGCAGCCUCAUCUUGUGAAGUGUUUUGAAAAUAUAAAACGGUUGUUGAUAUGGAAACAAACCGUUGGCCCGCCUACUGUGACCAUGCUCAUAUCUGAUGAAGGAGAAACCCUUGUGCUGCCCAAGAAAAUUCGUGUAAGAAGUGCUGUGGAACAGUGGCUGAUAAAUGUAGAGAAAAGCAUGUUUGAUGUGCUAAAAAAAUUUGUAAAACAAGGGAUUGAAGACUGGAACCACCAACCUUUUUCCCUGUGGGUGGUAUCUCAUCCAGGACAAGUGGUACUCACUGUGAGCCAGAUCAUAUUUUAUAAUGAUUGUGUCGAAAGUUUUGUGAGUUCUCAUGCCAAAGAAGAAUUGGAAAAAGUCCAUGCUGGCAUAAUGCAUCAUCUAGACGAGGUGGCAAAGCUGGUGGUGCUGGAUACUAGUAACACUCGAACAAAAACUGUCCUGGGGGCAUUGUUUACCAUUUAUGUUCACUGCAGAGACAUAGUGAGAGAUUUAUUACUUAAAAAUAUCUUCAAUGCGGAGGAUUUUGAGUGGACGAGGUGCUGGCUGACUCUCACUGGAGCCCUGCGCUUGAACCUGGGAGGCUGCCCCACUGGGCCAGCCGGCACGGGAAAAACCGAGAGUAUCAAAGAUCUGGCAAAAGCCUUAGGUAAACAUUGUGUGGUCUUCAACUGUUUUGAGGAUUUGGAUUAUAAGAUCAUGGGGAAAUUCUUCUUGGGACUAGUGCAGUCAGGAGCGUGGUGCUGCUUCGAUGAAUUCAAUCAGACGAGUGUGGAAGCUCUCUCGGUGAUCGCCUCCCAGAUCCAGACCAUCAAGGCUGCUAAGGACAGCUAUUCUGUCAGGUUUGUACUGGAAGGAAGAGAAGUUCGUAUCAACAUGUCUUGUGCGGUGAUUGUCACCAUGAAUUAUGGAUACAAAGGUCGAGUGGAUCUCCCAGAUAACUUAAAGUCUCUGUUUCGCCCGGUGUCCAUGGUGACUCCCCAUUAUCAAAAGAUUGCUGAAAUAACUCUGUUUUCAGUUGGUUUCAAAUCUGCCAAAUUACUCUCCAGAAAGCUAGUUAUCCUUCACGAAUUAGCCAGCAAACAGCUCUCACAACAGGAUCAUUAUAAUUUUGGCCUGAGGUCUCUGAAGACAACUAUAAUACUGGCUGGAAAGAAGAAACAGAAGUUUAAAUGUAACACAAGCGGCACUCUCUCUGAAACAGAUGAAAGUCUGAUCAUUAUUGAAGCUGUAAGAGAAAGCAGUUUACCAAAAUUUAUUGCAGAAGAUGUCCUACUUUUUGAAACGAUUCUAGGAGAUAUUUUUCCUGAAGCGACCGUUUCAAAAGUAAAUCAGAUUGACUUGGAGAAAGUAUUAUCUACUGCAAUACAACAGUUGGGCUUACAACAAUGGCCAGCUCAGAAGGAGAAAAUCAUACAGUUUCAUAAUCAACUUCAGGCUUCUGUUGGUGUGAUGUUAGUGGGCCCAACAGGUGGAGGAAAGACAACAGUCAGAAGAAUUUUAGAAAGAGCAUUAAUGCUAUUACCAGUUGAAGACGUAUUAUCAAUUAACGAAAGGGAGUCUAUUUCACAGAUUAUUCAGUGCUUCUGUUGA